CAAAGGGAAUGACUAUAGACCUUCUGUUGGAAUUAUACUACAAAAAAUGGGAAAUCGAGUGGUGAAGAUAUUAGACAUCAAAGAUCACUCAGUUCAUAACAGACACCUGGACAAAGUGACAAUAAAUGAAGUAGGUCGUUCCAAUUAUUAUUUUAAUGAUUCCGCUAAUAAUCCUGAUUUUGUAGAUAAUUCAGAAAUAAGUCCAGAUAAUACUGAUGAAAAUGAUAUCACAGAAUCAGUUAGAAGAUCGCAGAGACUUGCAAGCAAACCGCGACAUCAUUAUAAAUACGCAAGGAGACAUUCGACGUGUGGCGGAUGUGGUGAUUGACAAUUUCUAUCUCUG